AUGUACAAGCGUUCCACACAAUCCCCCAGGGCGCAGAGCCUGCACUCACGUCGCCGACGCCCCCCUCUUGUGCGUCCGGAACGAGCCACCCGCCUACGCUUUCGCACCCAAGAAUCCCUGGAGGAGAUCCACUACAUCGUGCAUGCUCCGCCAGCCUAUCACUACUCGCUCGCGCUGAGGGGCGGUGGUGGUGAUGUAGAUGGAUUUGCGGACGAGGAGGUGGAGGAGAACUGGGAGGCCGAGGAGCUCACCGUGCCCGAGCUGCGUGCGGCCCUCUCCAAACGACGCCUCCUCACCAGCGGACGCAAGAUGGACCUCGUGGAGCGGCUGAGUGGCGCGCUGCAGCGGGAGCGUACGGAGCGGCGGCAGGACGCGGGGACGGCCAAGCGGCGGAAGCUCGACGACAUCCUCUCCGCCCAGCAGGAUGAGAUGGAGGACCGCCUCGAGGCCUACAACCUCGCCGCACCGCCCAACACCACCUUCACCUCCACCACUUCCACCACCACCUCUACUACGACCACCACAGCCACCACCGAUGACGACGCCGAUCGCGACGCCAACAACGACACCACGACGAGCAGCAGCAGCACGACCAACUUUUCGUUCUUCUUCAACAGCCUCGAGGCCGAAUCAUCAUCGCCGCCGCGACCGUCGUCGUCAUCGUCAUCAGCUGAGUUGUCGUCGUCGUCGUCAUCCGCCAACGGCCACGGCGGGCCGAGCAGGAAACGGAAGAUGCCCGAGGAGGAGAACGGCGAGCAGGAGGAAAAGGAGAAAGGAAAGGAAAAGGAAAAAGGAAAGGAAGAAAAGGAGGCUGGCGAGGCGGUCGUGAGUGGGUCGCGGUUCACGUGGGGCGCGAAGGAGGAGACCGACGGGGGCGAAGACGGGCUCGUGAGCAAGCUCACCCGAUUCCUGGAGCUGGUCCCCUCCUCUUCGCCCUCCCGCGCCGCCGCCACCGCCCAACGGAAGCCCGAGCUGCUCCCGGAGGACCUGCUGCCGGCCGCUGCCGCCUGCUCGUCGCCCGUCAUCAUCGCCGCCGCCGCCGCCGCCUCGACGCCGCCCACCGCCCCCGCUCUCCCCAUCUCCUCGCCUCCGGCCAGCCCCAUGCGGCGACCGCUGAAGGGGGUGCUCAAGAGACGCGAGGUGAAGGCGCCCGAGGACAUGACGGCCGGCGAGCUCAAGGAGCACCUCAUCGCUUACGGGGUGGCUGGCGCAGCGCUAAAGCAGAAGAAGGCGGCCCUGGUGGCGCUGCUCCACAAGACGAUCCAACAGCACAGCAAGAAGGCCAGCGCAUAA